AUGACUUUGCCUUCUAACGAUCCAAAACCACGGCCCCCUACGAGAUCCCAGGGAGCUCCCAUGAUGCGGAUUCGUCGCCCCAAGGUUGCAGAUCCUCUAGUAAGGCCCAAGAAACGACCCGUCCCCAACCCAGCAGGUCCUUCUAAAUCAUCAAGUGGGACAACCGCAAAGCCCAUGACAAGCCGUCCCGGGUUCUCUAAUGUUAAACCAUCUGCUCAACUGGAAAACCCCAUCUUCGCCGCCCCGAAGAAUGAUUUCACGGUGAAUGGAUUCAGCGGCCAUCUGCUUACCGACACUUAUGUGGACUAUCCUGUGGUGACUACGAAACGAGCAUUGCGGGAGGGCUUGAAACACCACAUAGCGCGGUUUGCAUCCAAAAAGCCAAUCGAUCCCCGUGAUGAGUCCCAGUUCACUCGCCCUGUCCGACUGCAACGUCGAGAUCCCCGAGCAAAGACGCAGGAAAUCAACCAAGACAAGGACGGGCAACCGACACAAAAGUUUACUUCUCACUUCGGCCAACAGCUGGGCGAGGCGGAGAGAGAGGAGCUGGAAGCCAGAAAACUUGCGAGAGAGAAAGAGCGCGCCGAAAAUUUGGCACAAAUAGCCCCCUCUGCUGGGUCGGCGCCCAAGCGAGCCAAUGCGCCAAAACAAAAAACGCAGCAAGUAUCGAAGACAGACAUGACUCCGGAAGAGAUUGCUAGGACGCGAAUCAAGUACGAAGAAGCUCUUCCUUGGCAUCUAGAGGACUUCGAUAACAAGAACAUUUGGGUGGGAAAUUACGAGGCUGCAUUGUCCGAAACACAUGCUGUUUUCAUACCCGAAGAUGGGAAGAUGAGAAUGAUACCAGUAGAGAAAUGGUACAAAUUCAGUGCCAAGAAUCAAUUCAGAGCCUUGACCAUAGAGGAAGCGGAAAGAUUUAUGGCCAAAAAAGUCAAGGAUCCCAGGUGGUUUAUGGAGAAACAACAAGAACAAGCGCAGCGCAAAGAGUUGGAACAAUUUGCAAAACAACGGAAGGUAUAUGCUGGCAAACAGGGUACCCCGGCUGGAGCUGAUGGGCUGGAAGCGGGCGAAAUGGAUUUUGAGGAAGACCGGUUUGCAGACGAUGAAGAACAUGAUGAUCUCUUUAAUGAAGACGAGGAAACCAAAGCUGCAGAGAAGCGGAUCAAGCAGGAUCAGUUGAAGGCAAAUGUUUUCGACUUGAAAGACGAGAAAGAGUACGAAGAAGAAGAGCUCAGAGAAAAGAGAGAAAGAGAAGCUCGCCGCGUACUUGGUAAAAAAGUGCGCAAAGCGCUCAAAAAGAGAGAGAAAAACUAUGAUUACAGCAGCGGCUCCGAUGCCAACCCAUACUCAGAUGAAGAGAGCUCCGAUGAAAGUGAAGCUGAACGCUUGAAGGAGGAGGAACGUAAGGCUGAGGAAGAGAAGAACAAAAAGGAACAAGGACAGUCAUCGAAGGGAAAUGUAACGCCGUCUGGCCGUGCAAAGCAUAUCGAUGCUUUGAAGAAAGGACCAGCUGCUGCACCACGAAAACGGCUCGGCUCGCCGAAUGUAUCAGAUGCAAGUGGUACGGAUACCUCUCGCAAAAAGGUGAAGAAUAAGCAUCCGUCCACCCAACCACCUUCUCAAACAAGCUCUCGGGUUCUGUCGCCCGCCGCACCUUCGGGGCAGGCUGGUAAAAAGCGCGUCCGGAACAUGUCUGGUGGUGUUGCGGGCUCGGUUAGCGACGCUGAUGGAGGCGCUGGCUCUGGCGCGGAAAUGAGCGAAAGUGGCAAGAUAAAGAAAUUAAAGCUCAAUCCUCCCUUGGGCAUCUCUCAGAAUGGCACACCUCAAGGAUCUCGAGCUGGCAGUCCAACACCUUUGGGCGGCAAAGGUCUGUCGGGGAGUCGUGCCAGUAGCCCUGAUUCAUUAGGGGGCCACAAUCGUGUUUCCACACCAGGGCCGUCCGGCAAUCUAAGCUUCCCCACUCCAGCAGAGAUACACGCCGCCAUACCCCAAUCUGGCAUACUGAGCAGCGAUUUGUUGAGAAUCUUUCGACCUCGCAUCGGCGAGUCCAAGGAGAACCAUCGGAAAUUCAUUGCGAUAGUCAAAGACGUGGGGGUCUAUGGCAAGGAAGAUCGGCUGUUACGGCCAGGCACGCUGAAACCUGGUCAAAAAUGA